CUUUAGUGACGUCAUUUGUCACACGCCAUUUUGUUUAUGUUUUGUAAACAUUGUGACUCAAGAUCAGAAGAGCCACCAUCAUUUUAUUUUGGGUAAUAGUACUGGAAACACGGACUGUCAUUAUUGGAAUUGUUGCCAGCAUUUGUUCUAAAUAUUACUUAAGCAGACAUGGGAUGCUGUAUUGGCACGCUGGCCUGCUGUUGUGGCAGUGCAGCAUGCAGCUUGUGCUGUGCAGCCUGUCCAUCAUGCAAGAACUCCACUGCAGCGCGCAUUGGUUACUCUCUGAUGCUACUGAUUGGAACUAUUGUUGCUGCCAUCAUGCUGGUUCCAGACAUUCGAGAGCAGCUCGACAAGAUACCAGGGCUGUGCAAAAACUUCAUCAAUGUUGACAUCGAUCUUCCUCAAAACUCUCUGCUGAAAGCUCAGCAAUGUGACAAUGUGGUAGGCUUUUUGGCCGUAUACAGAGUCUGUUUUGCUAUGGCGGCUUUCUUUGUGCUCUUUGCUCUCAUCAUGAUUAAGGUCAACUCCUCAAAAGAUCCGAGAUCAAAGAUACAAAAUGGUUUCUGGGCAAUCAAGGCUCUUAUUAUGAUUGCCUUAUGUGUGGGUGCAUUCUUCAUCCCUCGUGGCUCCUUUGGCCAGGCUUGGAUGGUGAUAGGACUUAUUGGAGCUUUCAUCUUCAUCUUCAUUCAGCUGAUCCUUCUUAUAGACUUUGCCCAUGGAUGGGCAGAAAACUGGGUUGGACAGUAUGAAGAAACUGGCUCCAAGACUUACUAUGUUGGCCUUCUGUUCUUCACAAUUGUCUUCUACGUUGUCUCCAUUACUGCAGUUGUGCUGUUCUACGUGUUCUAUGCUAAUGGUGGAUCCUGUGGCCUGCACAAAUUCUUUGUUUCCUUCAACCUGAUAUUGUGUGUUGGUUUUAGCUUGCUGUCCAUUUUACCAAAGAUUCAGGAGGCCCAACCUCGCUCCGGACUUCUCCAGGCCAGUGUGAUCACAGCCUAUGUCAUGUAUCUGACCUGGUCAGCAAUGACAAAUAACCCAGAUAAAACCUGCAAUCCCUCCUUGAAUCAAAUCACUAAUCCUGACUACAAUAGCACUUCCUCACGUGUUGAUACUGGAGAUUUCACAAAGACACAGUUUGAUGCACAGAGCAUUAUAGCUCUUAUUAUCUGGCUGUUUGCUGUACUUUAUGCCAGCAUCCGUACAUCCAGCAACAGCCAGGUGGGAAAGCUGACCUUGUCUGAAAAAACAAUUCUGCAGACUGACACAGGGAAUAAAUACCAGAGUGGGGCUGUACCAUAUGGUAGCACUGGCAGUGAGGAUGAAGAAAAAGGACGGCAGAAGGUGUGGGACAACGAGGAGGAAGGAGUGGCUUACAGUUACUCCUUCUUUCACUUUAUGCUAUGCCUGGCCUCACUCUAUGUCAUGAUGACUCUCACCAACUGGUUCAGCCCAAGCUCUGAUUUUAGAACCCUCAAUGCCAACAUGGCAUCAGUGUGGGUCAAAAUGGCAUCCUCCUGGCUUUGUGUGAUCCUGUAUGUGUGGACACUCGCUGCUCCCAUCAUCCUGCCUGGCCGUGACUUCAAUUAGCAUAUUUUGGCUUGUCAGACCUGGGAGCUGCUGCACUCUGCAACAGAUUUUCAGAUUGAGCAAAUUCAACAACUUUUCAUGUUCUACUCUUUCUUGCUGUGCGCAGGCACUUCUGCAGAUAAAUUACUUCUCCAUGAAAGACAAUGAGUAGCCGAUCAUAGUGUAAUUAUCCUGCUAAGCUUGAUGUUGUAAUUCCUUCUAAUAACUUUCUGAUGAUGUGUCAGACAAAUAAUAGCUGAUUCAAAUUGUAAUAACCAGCCACCAAUGGUAAUAUUAUUUAUACAUCAUUUGUGCAAAGUUCCACUUCUUUCCAUCAAGGCAUUGACUGUCACUCAGUUCUAUGAAGGACUGUUACUUGGAGCAAGUGCUUGCAAGUGUGCAGUCUACCACUGUAAGAUUUGUUGAAACUGUAGUUUUCGGCUAACAACAAUUGAUGCUAACACUCUGUUUAGUUGCCAUGAAAACCUAUCUAUGAAAUCAUCAGCCAUCUUUCUUGUGGCUGGCUUUGCUCUAUGUGUUGUUGUCAAGUUUUGUGCUCAGAUCUGUCGAUAAUUAAAUUUUAAACUGUAUGGAUUUUCCUGAGCUGAGUGACAGUCUUCUGCAACAAGAGCCACUCUGACAAACUCAGAGAAGUGAGUCGCAGAUGCACAUACUUGUUAGAGUAAGAAGAUGCUGUCAUAUAGCAUUAUAGCAACACGUUUCUGCUCAUGCACGACCUUAAUUUGUCACACUGACACAAAUGCUUUUGUGUGGAUAAAUGUAAAUAUUUACAUAUCUCUUCCAUUGGUUUAGAUUUCUCAAGAAUAUGUCAAACAUCAAACUGUGAAAAAUUGUCUGAUGACAGUGUUUAAGAAAGAAUACUGCGUCAUAUAAACCCACAAAAGAAAAGAGACUAUGUCAUGUUUAUGAGUUCUACACAGACAUCAGUGCUUUCAUCUUUGUCAUUGUCUUUGCUUCUCUUCAGUGUAGUGCAUAAGCAAGCUGUAUAAAUUUUUGGCUCAAUAAAUUCCUGUGUACAACUUGCAGAAACAUGCUUUCUUUAGUUUGAUGCAAACACAUAUGAAGUUACACAGAACAUUGUGUGCCAGACUGAUCUUUCAGUUUUCUUUCCCUUUUAAAAAGCUGCUCUUUUGAAGAUGAGAAAUUUCUUUCCUGAAAAAUUUCUUGUAAGUCAUAAUUUUAAAUGCAUUAUCCCCCCUCAAAUUUUAUCAGCGUAGUUGACUUGCAUAUAAUGCCAGACAGAUUCUUCUGUAAAACUUGCAUGUUUAUGGUUAUAUGAACGUUUGUUUGUACGGCAAGUUGGCGAAUAUUAGCUCAAAUGGCUAGUCACCAAAACUGGACAGACUGGAGCAAGAGCUUAAAAUUUGUCAAAACUUAAUUACUCUGUACAAUGAACUGUGUCAGCUUCUGUAUUUUCAAUGCUGUUUGAAAUGUAAGAAAGGUACAUCACUGUGUGAGCUGAAGCACACAAAUUUUCACAUAUGUACACAAAAACAAGAAAAAAAAAUCAAAAUUUUACCACUUUCAAAGUGUUGGACAGUUUUUGUCUGUACUUAUCAGUUUCUCCUCCAUUUCUGUUUUUGGCAUGCAGGGAAUAGAUUAAUGACUGUGCUUAUUGUAAUAUAUGUGCAGUAGCUUGACAUUUGGUCUCAGGAGAGUACAAAUUUCCCAUGGGAGUUCUUGAAGAUGAAUAUCUCCAAAUAAGAAAUAUUUCAAGUAGAAGUAGAUAUUGUCUUCAUUUUAAUAUGAAGGAUUCACCUUGCAUGUUGGGGAGGAGUGUGGGGGAAGAGGGUUAAAGAGAAAUAAUAACAGGAAAAAUAAAUGUCUAAUGUAAUUUAGAAAAAGGCAUGUUUUUAUAUUGUCACUUUGUUUCCCAAUAAAAUGUUUGGAAAUCAAAA